ACAUGGUCCCUUUUAGGGGAGAUGUCUGAAAAACUAAGAAGAUGCAGAAAGGAGCUGACGGCCGCCAUUGACCGGGCCUUUGAAGGAGUCAGCCAGUCCCCGGAGGGCCCGGGCCCACAGAGGCCAGAGUCCUAUGCCGCGCUGCCCCGCCUCCCCCUGCCGAUGCACCGGUUCCUGUGCGGGAUUCAUCCGCUGGCCCCGGGCAACGCAGAGAAUGAGGGCGCAGGCCUACCCGCUGGCCACGCCCCAGUCGGUGCAAAACCACAUGCGCUCUGCCCCAAAAGAAAACCUCUGACCAGCAAAGAGAAUGUUUUGAUGCAUUCCUCCAUUUUAGCACCCGAAAGACAGUUUUGGAGAGCGACAGGCGAAGGGGAAAACUGGAAAAAAGAAAGUUUAAGGAAAGAGAUGGAGAGAGAUUUGAAGGUUGACUCAAACACGCUGCUCAACACUUCGAGCCAAGAGGUCACAAAGGACCUGCUUGAUAUGAUUGACCAUACAAGUAUCCGGACUAUUGAAGAAUUAGCUGGAAAACUAGAAUUUGAAAAUGAGUUGAACCGCAUGUGUACUCGCAGCGAUGACUCACCAGAGGACACCUGGGCCCUGCUCGUGGACGAGAGCCACUGGAAUGCCUCGGACAUGGACCCUGCCGGUCUCAAGCAGGCUUUCGAUGAUCACAUCAUCGAGACUGUUCUGGACUUGGAAGAGGACUACAGUUUGACCUCCUCUAAAUACCAAAUUGAGUAG